AGCGGAGUUAGAAACACAGUUAUCGAUCGAGAAACGAAAAGUGGCCGAGUUAGAGAUGCAGGUCAAGGCGGCAGAAUUAUCUCAACAGGUCGCCAAAACGGUGGAAAAUCACCUCAACACCACUUAUCAACUGCCCGUCCCGACCACAACGUCAACUAAGACGCCGAAUGAGCUAGCAGUCCCCGACGACAAACUGUCCAAAUCGGACGAUUCGGGUUACGCCGACAACCGACAAGAAACCGACAUUGACGAAAAGAAUAAUAAGACCAACCUAGAGUUGAUGAAAAGGAUAGAGGAAAUUCAAGCGCAAUUAGACGCCUUACAAUUUGCGAAGGCUGAAAAGGAUAACGCUGAAAAAGAGUCAUCUCCCUAUUCUAAAUCAAUUGAUUAUUACUACAAAUCUGACGAUGAACAAAAAAUUAAAGAUCAAAAUAUCUCGCCAAAACCAACACGAAUAUCUAUUUUUGAACGUGAAGCAUUAAAAUUACCAAAAGAAUCUGAAAGGACAAAUGAAGUUAUAUUUGAUAAUGAAAGAAAAACUGACACGAUACAUAACAAUCAAAAACUAAAUACGAUUAUUGAAACGGAUACACCUACUAAGGAAAAUCAAUGUACAUAUAAAGAAAUAUAUGUUAGGAAUGAUUCUAAUUCAGAUAAAAGUAAUGAAACUCAGGUAAACAAUCCACCUGAACAAGUUGUUGGAAAUUGCUCUGUUAAAUGCGAAUGCCCUGAUGAUAACGCUGAUCAAGUUGGUAAAAAAAAUUGCUCAGUUAUAUGCGAAUGCCCCGACGAUCUUGAAACAAAUACCUGGACUGAAAGUAGUGAGACCAAAAGUCCGGAAAAAGGUUUAAGUCCUAUGGUUAAGGUGACGGUAGAGCAAAUACCAGGGCCUAUACCUAACAAUGAAACAUCAGCUAAACGAAGAUUUUCUUUAACAAGGAAAAAACCUAAACCUGUAGCGAAAAGGAAAAUUGAACCGGCCAAAGAUCAAAGUAAAAAAGUUAACAAAAAGGAUAAAAAGUCUAUGUCGAAACAUGAAAAGGAUGAAAACGAUACACGUCAAAUUGAACCUAGCGAAUCAAUUGAGUAUAAUGGAACAGGGGAACUUAAAAGUCAAGAAUAUGAGGAUCAGAAAUUGCCACUGGAUGUUACUCCUAAAACUAACGACAUAAGAAGGAUUUAUGGAUAUGCAUUUGUUAGAUAG